GGGAGCUGAAGGAGUGCCGGCGACCUGCCGGCGAGGAGAUGUCCCUGAACCCGCGCCUCAGCCGCAGCCUGCAUGCCCACCCUGGGUGGAGCGGUCGUCUUUGUCGAGCCGGGACCUGCUCUCCUUUCUCGUUCAAGCAGAAGAGGAGCUAGCGAGGAAAUAAAAACAAGCUCGAGUUAAUGUUUGAGAAGUUCGGGUGCAGGAGAGUCUGGAACUUCUGAAGCAGAUGUUCUCUUCUGUCUAUUAGACCUAGACAUUAUAAUGAUUGGAUUUUUGGCUUCUUGGAGAAACAGUAGAAAAUGCAAAACGAAAUAAUAAAGCCUGCUAAAUACUUCUCAGAAGUGGAGAAGAGUGUGCUGCUUGCAUUAGUUGAAAAAUACAAAUACGUGCUUGAAUGUAAAAAAAGUGAUGCAAGAACUAUUGCUCUGAAACAACGCACCUGGCAAGCACUAGCUCAUGAAUAUAAUUCACAGCCCAGUGUAUCACUGCGAGACUUCAAACAGUUAAAGAAAUGCUGGGAAAAUAUCAAGGCACGGACAAAAAAGAUAAUGGCACAUGAAAGGCGGGAGAAGGUAAAAAGAAGUAUUAGUCCACUUAUAAAUACUCACAUCAUAGGGAAAGAGAAGAUUGCCAGCAUAAUGCCUGAGCAAAUGUACUUUUUGCAGAGCCCACCAGAAGAAGAUUCUGAAUAUCAGCCUGAUGCUUCUAGUCAAGAGUCAUUUGUUGUCUCAAAUAGAGAACUCUGUGACGAAGAGAAAGAGCUGGUACAUUUCCCAGUAUGUGAAGGUACCUCCCAACCUGAGCCUUCAUGUUCUGAUGUCAGAAUAGCAGCAGAUAAGAACUACAGAAGUAAAGCAUCUCAGGAAAGUGCUCUGAAAAAGAUGCAUGAGGAAGAACAUCAUCAGCAAAUGUCAAUUUUGCAACUGCAGUUAAUCCAAAUGAAUGAAGUUCAUGUGGCAAAAAUACAGCAAAUAGAAAGAGAGUGUGAGAUGGCCGAAGAGGAACACAGGAUAAAAAUGGAAGUGCUAAAUAAAAAGAAAAUGUAUUGGGAGAGAAAACUGCAGACCAUCACAAAAGAAUGGCCUGUAUCAUCCUUUAACAGACCCUUUCCUAAUUCACCGUAGAACAUACAAGGGCAGAGAAUCAGUCUGAUUGAGCACAUUUAUGAGUAACGCGCACUGGAAAGAGGGUUUUUUAAUGUGAAUGUACAGUGACAGGAUAGGUGCCCGGCUGAUAGUGAACACGCUUUGACUCUUAAUGUUUAGGAAAACAGCGGUAGAGUCCACGAAGGGGAAAACUGUACUGUUCAUUUGUAGGUAGUUCUGAUUUGUUUAACUUUCAGACAUGCACAGUGUUCUAAAAUGUGAACAUAUUUUUCCCUCUCAGAAUACCCUAACAUCCUUUUGAAAUUUAAGGUACUCCGGGUAUUCUUACAUUGGCUGUUCUUAAGAAAACUUAACAGCUUUAAACAUCAGGUCAUAGAGUUUAUUUUGAUUUCUAUCUCUUCCUAUCUACAAUUUCCCGAAUGAAGGCAAGGGUUGGAGUUGCUCUCUGCUAUUGAGACAAAAGGUGAUUGACAGGUAUUGUUUGGAUUGUCAUGCUGGGGCUUAGGAAAAAAAACUUGUCUGUGGUUAAUAUAGUUCAUAACUUAUUCUGCACAGAAGAUGUGAAAAUGAAGGAAGUAGCAAAAGGACUGCUGUAGUAACUGAGCCCUUUGUGUGUGAAGAGCAGUAAUAUUUUCCAGCUGACUGGCUGAUUGAGAGAAUGGUUAUGGACUGGCCCUCCAGUUGUUUGAGCCUUGACCCUUAAGAAGUUGGAAAGAAGGUGUCUUCUUCCUCAAAAGCCAUUGUGCUUAUCCUCUCUUUUCCAGGCCCAUCUUGUAUUCAACUAGAAUACGAAAAUAGGAGUGUCGCAUGCUGCUGCCAGCACUGUGUGCUGUUCAUCUGGAGUCAUUCUGAGGGGAAGAGCUUUUUAACAAUUCCUAAAGCUCUUAAAAUGUAGCGAGCCAGCCAGUCCAUUGGCAAAGUCUCCCUCUGUCUCCCCAUGCAAUACUUGAUGGUGUAGCUGGAGUAUUUCAGCAUCUCCCUCACUACAAGAAAAGACUAAGACUCACCCUCUUUACCUUCACGUAGGGUGGGAAGCAGUUCAAGGGAAUCGUUCCUGUCUUGUAGCACUGUUCUGAUUUGUUCUGUCCUGUGAGUUACGGUGGUGUGUUUCUUGCCUUUGCUGUCAGUGAGGGGUGAUGGACAUGAUUUGUAAGAAAGCAUUCACGUGAAGGUCCUCAGAGAGUUUGGGGGCCUGGAAUAGUAGAUGGUAGGAAAGCACAAAUAAAAAUAAUCCUUCCCCAGGCAAUCAUUUAGUGUAGUGGGGCAAGGGUUAAGAAAAUGUGAAAUACAAAACUCUGCAAAGAUUCAUAAGACCUUCUGAUGUUUGAAAAGCUCUUUUACAGGAAGGUAUAGAACCAUCAUUUGAAGCAGUGAGAAAAAUGAACAAAACCAUAAAUUUUCAGUGUAUCCCAUUAUUCAAUAAAGUAUUUUCAGAUCAUGAUUUGUAAGGGCAAGUCCAUACAGUGAGCAACAUAUUCAAAUUAGGGUAUGUUACAAAAUGUACAUUCCCAGUUACACUCCCAUCUCUUCCCUGGAUGUUCUUUCUGGUGGAGCGAGUUUCUUUUGGUUUUGUUUUGGGGUUUUUUUUUGUGUUUCUUUUUCUUGAACUGCUUUCCCAGCUGGUGAUUCAUCUUUGCAAGCACUGCCAUUAUCAACCACAGUACUCACUGUGGUUAACGCUGUGGUACAUGCAUUGAUCCCUUCAACGUGCUAACACCAGCAAUCGCAAUGGGAGUGACUUAUUGCAACUUACAUUAUAUGACAGAGAAAAAAAAAAAUUGCAGAGCUGCUGUAAGAUCUAAAAAAUAGGCCAUGCAUGAAAUCUGAAGACAGAUCUUUUUGACAGCAAACUCAGUUUUCUUAUAAAUUGGCUGCAUGAAGGAAGCACAGGACUUCCAAAGAAUGAUAUCAUUAUGGACACUUUUAUUUCUGCUGAAUGGAAACACUAUUGGAAGGUAGAACAAUGAUGUGUGAUAACAGUAGAGGCAAAAGAAAGACAUAAACAGGAGUGAGGACCUUUUUGUUUGAGGUUGCGUUCUGUGGUCUGGAAGGUGAGUCAGUUAUUUGAGUGGUUAUGACAAUUGCUCAGGCACCAUCCAGAAAAAAGAAUAGGAAAGACAUUUCUCUUAACCAAUGAUGGGAUUCCUUCUACACUGCUUCUAAGUGAAAGUAAUUUGAAACUAUGAAAUUGAAACCAUGUAUGUUAAGGUGUCGAAAGGUGAUGGAUGGAGACGAUGUCAGCACUGUGAAGAGAGCAAGAAUGGAGAGACAAUCUGGGUCUAGAUAACCCCAUGAGAAGGUAUGAAAUAGUCCAGGGAGAAUCUCAUGAUAUUUGAGAUAAGGGUAGUUUUGACUCCUGAAAGUUAUACUACUGCUCAUGAAAGAUUUUUUUAUUUUUAUAUUAAAAAAUAAUUUAAAAUAUGCAUGUUUUCAGACUGUACUAAGUGGGCAAUGCCUUGCAUUUUGGUGUAUAUACUUAUUCUGAAACCAAAAGUUACAGUUCUUAGGCUGAACAACAGACCCUUUUAAUUCAGCUUCUAUUCAAAAGAAAGAAAAUCACAGGAGAAAAAUUAGAAAAAGCCAAGAUGAAGAUAUGAAAGAAAGAACGAUCAGUACAUGCGUAGCGGAAGAAUGGGAAUGUCACACCUAACACAAAAGGUACAAGACGCUUUUGUGGCACAGGUAAUAGAUGGCUUACUGGUGCCACAGGCUUUUGCUUUCCCAUCUGUGGCUGACUGUUGGUUGCUGUAAGGCUGGGUGAUAGAUAAAGAAAAAUGUAAAAGACCAACAAGAUGAAGUAAUGUGUCUCCUUGCCCAGCUUUGGCUUCUCCAUCUAAAGGCUUUGUAAAGCGAUUGGUGCAGUGGAGUUUAAACAACAUGAGAAAUGUGGCUUUUACAAUUUUUUUUUUCUGCAAUUACUUCCUCUGGUAUUAGGGUUUAUCUUUUCUUUUGUUCAACUUUUCUUAUGUGUAAUAUAGCCAUCUCAGACAAUAUGUCCAUUUGUUCCUCUCCCUUUUUUCUAGCUUACAUCAUUCAGAUACUUUCACAUAGUUGUGUUUUCCCGUUAACCAUUUGGCCAAGCUGUACAGGCAUUUUCCCAAGGUUUCUCCAUAGAUAAAAUACAGCAGUAUUUUAAGAAGAAUAUACCUAUUAUUCUUCUCUGGAUUUGUUAUACAAGUUAUUGGCAAGAAUGAAAUUAAAAUGGGCAAAAUGAUCCCUGCUUAACUCCAUAAGAAAAAAUAUAUACCAGACAUGUUGUGGCCAUUGUUCUCAGCCUCUUUGUUCUCAUGAAGAGAAACCAUGCCCUCCUAGGCGAGGUAUGGUGAAGUCCUUUAUGGUCCCAAAAAUGACACUAGCCUGGUUCCUAGUGCUGUCUCUCCUUGGAGAUCAUCUAACUUGUUAUCUGGUAUAAUGUUUUUUAUUUGUUGAUUUUUUCCUUCUGUAUUUCUUUCUUAUGCCUGUGUUCCCCCUUGUUUUUUAACCAGUAGUAUGAGCAGGGGGUUUCAUCCAGAGCUGUGUGUUUUGCUCUUUCCUUUCUCUUGCCCAGAUUGCCUAUUAUCACAACAUUUGAGCAUGAAAUGGGUGCUCCUCACAGUUGUCGUCUUCCCCUUCCACAGAAAGCAUGUUCAGUAAGCCUUUUCCACACAGCUGCCCAUGCAUUUUGGAUUCUGCGCACAGGCUAGGAAACAGAGGAUUUUGAAGAGACGUUAGUGUAGUGAAAGGGCUGUAUAGAGAAGAGCACUUUCUCCAUUCCAACUCCGUGUAAUUCUGGGAGGACAGUCUGUGACUACAAAGUCAUUCAUCAGGACCAGAGCUAAUGCAGGAUGCUGAAGCUGCGUAAGUGGUACUGAUUCUUCAUAAAUACUUGGGGUUCUGCAGAGGUUACGUUUGGGGUUUCCUGAUAACAAAGUUCCUUCUUUCUAGGUAGUGGAAGAGUCUCAGUGGAAGAUUUUCACAGAUACUUCCUCAAAUCGAGGCUCUUACCUUGACAAAGAAAUGACCCAUCUUGCAAUCUAUUACACUACUUCCUUCAACACCCAGGGUGCUCUAUCACAGGAGCAAGGGAUCUUGCUGCUUGCCACAAAUCCUCUCCGUGAUGCUUCUUCCUGCGCUGCAGAGAUGUGUUUAGCCAGGGCUGAAAGAUACAGCCCUCCUGGCCAGCCAUUGCUCAGAGAAGCGGUCCUUACAGAGCAGGUGCAGCUGGUGUGGCGGAGCUCAGCACUCAGACCGCAGGGCUGAAAUAGUCCCGUUGCAGCCCUGUGACCAGAGAAAGGAAGAGUGGCUCAGGGCUACCCUUUUCUGAGUUAUACCACAUCUAGGGCAGCUGAGGAUGUGGUCCUGAAUUUUGUUUGACCAUUUAUCUUUGUGUGUUUCCAAUACCAAGUGUUAGCGGUCUCCCAAGGAUUUGUAUGAUUACAUAGGUGUUUUUCAAUGAUCUUUUGCAGAACUUUUUUUUUGCUGGUUGUAGUUACAGAGGCUUUUACAAUCUGUCCUCCUCCUUCUUCCUCGCUUGCAUUAUAAUGCUUCCAGUUUCAUUCUGAAUCUCUGUGGUUACAGACCGUACAACCCCACAUCCAUGCAGUGCCAUAUUUUCAGGUAUUUUUCUCAUUAUGACAUUGAAAUGAUAAACCACUACACAUUUAUAUAUUGUUGCUUUGGGGGUAGGGGAAUUACAUGUAAAUCUUAAAAUAACAUUUUAAUUGUAUUUUUUCCAGGCAAGUAAAGUCCCUCACAAGUAGUCCUGUGAUUUCAUAUUUUGAGCGCCUGUUCAAAAAACUGUUUUUAUAAGACCGAUGCAUCUUUGUUGUUUUCAUAAGAUAAUCGCCUGUCUUUUCACAUUAUUUGUCUAUUUCUUCUCAAAGCAGCUGACUAUAAACUCACACAUCAUCAUUCCUCCUUAACUUUGCCUCUAGUUAGAUAUUCAGAAAUGUUUCCGUGCAAAGUAAGUACUAAUGUGUACUAAAAUUAAUACAUUUAGGCUAAUAAAAUAAACCAGGUAACAAGAUGAUAGGAUAAUAUGCAGCGACUGUUAAUAGAAUUUAAAAAAUAUUACAGAGGACAGCUCUGUACAUCUGAUAGAAAGAAAGAAGACAAUUUGUUGCCAUCUAUAAGAAUAGGAUAAUAUAUUUUUACAGUGAAAGCAAACAGUGAUCUCUGUUUCCGGUAUCACAGAUCAACUGCUGUGCUGAUGAUUUACAAGGGACUUUGCUUCUUAGACAUUUUAAUUUUUUUAGGUUGGUUUUUUUUGGUCAUGGAAUUACAUAAACCAGCUUGAUUCCCUUAUAUGUAAAGAAGGUGCACAUAGAAACGUGGACGGAUUUCUGGGCCUAAAACAAGAGCAAUAAAAUAGAAAAUACUAGCUGUGGCUCUGAACAUUUUACUAUUCUGGUGGUGAAGGGAUUAGGCAUCCCACAACAUCGUCAGUCAUGUUGAUAACACUGAACAAAUUAAAAACUUGCAAAGGCAAAAAAAAAUGGGCUGGUAUGUUUUUCAGAGCGAGUCAGCAGUGGAGACAGCUCUUAGCUCUCCUGAGAGGUAACACUGUCACGUAUGUCAAACAGUUCCCCCGCGUGGUCUUCACCUUCCUUGAUUACUCUUUCCUUUGAGACCCUGGACACCUCCAUCAUACCAUUCACAGCUCCAAGUGCCUGACAAUAAGAAAAGUAACCACAUCAAGUAGGAAUCCCGCCAGAGUUAUUAGACCUCACUCUUUACUAAACUGAGGUUGGACAAUCUUCUGAGACUGCAUUAUCCAGACACGCAUGCUAUGCACUGCGGAAAGGCAUGUGAAAUUUGUCCAGCACGUAGCCUGCCAAAUGGCAUAGGCUAUACACCAAGGAAAAGGAAAAGAUUGUCCACCGCAUGGCUGUGGGUUAUAAAGCUGUUACAUUCAUGAGGGCGUAUGGAUGCAUCUCACUGGAUGGUCAACCUCUUUAACAGUAAGAAUCAAGAAGCAUUUUUGCCAAAUCUUCUAAUUCAUCCUAGUCUAGAUUUCCCAAGCUGUCAAAACAGCCACAGGACAAAAACAAAAGGAGAAAAAAAAGAAAAAAAUAAGCAGUCAAAAUAGCUAGAAACAAUCUGUUGCCUUCCUGAUGAAGAGCUGGCUAGAUAAAAAGCUACACUACAUAUAUGUAUGUAGAGAAAUAACUAAUGUAACAGAAAUAAAGCAAGAUAGAUUUUUUAGAUCAUCCUUAUUUAAUUUAUGUGGGUUUUUUUAAUGUUGAUUGAGAUUGUUUGUUUUCCUUUUGUUAUUGAGUCCAGCUGCAGAAUAGUUGUGUGCUUCAGUUUCUGACCAAAUGUUAGAGCACCUCAUUAAUCACAUUUGUUUGGCAAGAGAGUAGAAGUAGGUUUGCAUUCAGCACAACUUGAGAUUGAUUGUAUUCCACACGUCUUCAGACAUUUCUUCUCAUAUAUGAGAGGCUGUUCUUGGACAGCCCUGAAUCUGAAACUGGCAUUAUACACCAAUUUAGUAGUAAUUUAUUAUUUAUAUGGCACUAAUGAGGUGACUUAUAAGCUGCUCAAGCCCUGUCCAUUAUUUGGUCACGUACAAAUCCCUUCCCAUUUCUUAGAAUUAUACCCUGAAAUUAUGUACUAAGCCAGAAAUGGAGCAGCUGAAUCGCCCGUAUAAAUUCCUGCCACGCAUUCUGUAUCACAGUAUAAUGCGGGGGAAAAAAAUCCUGCUUCUGUUUCAUUGUGGAGUUUUGCAAUUUUGACCUGUUACUCUCACCGAAGCUUUGCUAUAAAUUGUUUUGUUCUAAUAGACACCUGUGUGUUCCCACAGAACCGUCCUUCAACCCAAUGAGCCACGUGGCUUCAUAACUUUUGAAUACCAAGCCUAUGGACUGUACAAAGUCUGAAUUGACACACACAUGAUAAGCUCCAUUUAUCUGAAAAUGAUCUUAUAAAUGCUCUCACAUACUGAGACUCAGAAAAGCACAAAUUAGGGAGGUGAUGUGACGGAUUUGGUAUUUAAACCAGGGCAGAAAUUUUGGCAGGCUGGGAGUUAUCAGUGCUGACCUAAUAGAGAGGUUCAACCUCUGCUUAAGGAACAAUAAUGUCCAAUCCAAAUAUUGCCUUACCUCCAACUUGCUAUCUAAAAUGAGGUGUAAUGAGAAGUCCUUGCCAAAUAAAGCAACAUUAGUUUCCAAAAUGCACUUGUUUUGCUUUCAAUUACUGGCUUGCAUGAGGGCUCUGAGGCUAGACUGGGCUUUAUGUUGCACUCCAUUGGUGGCUGAUAGCAUUUGAAGAAGACUUCCCAUACUGAUUUUGUUCUGUUCUUCUUGAAUGCAACACUCCGACUUGGAUGCACUUAGCCAUGCAGUGGUGCCAGUCGGACCAUGGCUCACGUUCUCAAAUUGUCUGGCACUGGCUCCCUGCAUCUUUUCCGAUUACCAAAUGAGCGGUGGUGGAUGAAUUUGAAUAAAAAAUUAGGGGCUCUGACCAGCAGGAACAACCAUCAUUGCUAACUGUGUCACUGAGGUGCCUUGUCACGCUCAUAAGGUGGCAAAUUUAGAGGUAUAAUCAAUAAACGAUCGCAAUGGUACUUUGUCUCAGCCAAUUACAACACUGUCUUCUGGGGUAAAUCUUGCUUUUACUCCUCUUGUAGACUGAUAAAUUAAUUGCUUGCUUCCAGUUUAUGCUUCCACAGUCCCGCAGAAGCCAAUACAUUUCUCUACAUGUUGCUGAGGGCUUGAUUGACAAGUGUAGAUCUCCACUCUCAUUCUGGUCCAAAUGCCACAGCUACCAAUGCUGCUUCUGUGAAUCCAGCAUGAGCGCGCUGUCAGGGAGCCAGGCUGGGAAAAUCAGGCACGGGAAAAGCCUGGCUUAAACUUAAGCCCUUCUCUUACACACAGCAUGGACAUAAGUGGCUCAAGCCCCACGGCACAGCGAACUCAAGCCCACAUCCUGUCACAACUUAAAACACAAGUAUGGACGUAGUAACAGCAGUGGGUUACUCUGGUGAUCUGUGAAAACGGCUUUGGGUGGUAAGCAAUUGGCUUUUUAAAUUGUUACAUAUUAAAAUCUUCCAAAUCAUGGGACAGGUUAAAAUUAUGCCCUGUCAAUGUUCAACUACCAAGAGCAAUAAAUUAACACAGCUUCAGUCCGACAGAUUCAGUUUUCUGUUAGGAUUUGGUUAACUGGUAUGGUUAAUAGAUCACACAGGUAUGCUCUCACCUUUCUUCCUUGUAAAAUCUUCACUACUUCCAUCAAAUUAGCUCACGUUCUUAAUAAAAAAAUAAAACCAACUAUGUUAAUCCAUCCCCAGUUAGAUAGAUAUGCAAAUUCAACCAAAUGAACAAUGUAUC